AUGGCUGAAGCAGAUGAGCAACGAGAGAGAUCACGCUCGCCAGGUUUCGAGUUCGGUGAAAAUGAUUCUCUGCAAAUCGACAACCCCCUGAUAGCCAAGCCACUUUCUCAGGUAAAGCAAGAAGCUCACGAAUUUGUAAAGCUAGUUUGCGAAAACAACCCAGACGAGCCGCUUUUCAGUAAGGCUGCUGCAGUUGCUCGCGACCCGCCAAAUUUCGAGACUGUCGAUGACCUAAAUCCUGUGGAGAAGGCGGCUUUGAAGCGAGAAAAACAGACCAAGAUCUGGCGACUGCCGAAACCACUACGUGUGACAGUGGUGCUGCUUUGCCUUUCAGCCUUUGUCCAAGGAUGGGCGGAAAGUAUCGCGAAUGUUGCCAACCUCACCUGGCCGGCUUACUUCAAGCUGGAUAUUGAAAAUUCUGCUUCUGAUAGACUCAUCUUCGCAGGAGUCAAUUCUGUAACGUGGUUCGCAGCCGCCAUCUUAGGAUGUGGGCUUGCAGACCCUUUACAAGGAUGGGCACCUUGGCUGGGUAGGAGAGGCAUGAUUGUCUUUGCUACCUGUUUGUGUAUCGUUGGUGCCAUCGGAUCAGCAACAUGCCGCACAUGGCAGAGUUUGAUGGGGUUUCGGGUGAUCUUUGGAGCAGGACUAGGUGCGAAGGCAUGUGUAACGCCACUUUUUGCUGCUGAAAUCUCGCCGAGUCAUCUCAGAGGUGCAAUUGUAAUGAGCUGGCAGCUCUUUGUUGCUUUGGGGAUCGCCUGCGGCUUCGCGUCGUCGCUAAUUGUAUUCGAGGUCGGACCGAAAGAGGACGCAUGGAGAUGGCAGACUGCCUCCAUCAUCUUUCCGCUUAUCUCUCUUCUGACGCUCACGACCACGUGCCCAGAGUCACCACGUUAUCUGCUUAAGCAUGGCAAGUAUCCGGAAGCAUACAAGGCUUUUUGUGAGCUCCAUGAAACACCACUUCAAGCAGCACGAGACAUGAUAUACAUCAAUGCUCAAAUCCAGGUAGAGACAACCUUGUUACCUAAACGAUCGAGCACAGAAGGUAGGCGAAGAUCGUCUCAAGGUGCCGUCCAAUUCGUGCUUCAGGAUCAGAUCCAGCAUCUUAGUUACGGGACUCGACUGGCACAAUCGUUUCUUGACAAACGCACGAGGCGUGCUCAACAAGCGGCGAGCAUAGUUAUGCUGUGCCAGCAACUUUGUGGAGUGAAUGUUGUCAUCUUUUAUUCAAGCAACAUUCUGGCUUUCAAACAACUGAAUCUCGAUGGAAACGUGCCAUAUCUGCUCAAUCUAGGUGUAGGCUUGGCGAAUUUUCUGUUUACAUUCCCGGCAUAUUGGUUCAUCGACUCGAAAGGACGUCGGUUCUUGUUGCUCACGACGUAUCCGUUCAUGGCCUUGACAAUGCUUGCAGCAGCCCUAUCAUGGAGGCAUCCGGACGAGGCGGUUCGAGCUGGGCUUGUGAUAACGUUCAUCUUCUUGUUCGUUAUGGCGUAUUCCAUCGGCCAAGGACCUGUGGCGUUCACGUAUGCUUCUGAGGUCUUCCCCUUAGUCUAUCGAGAAAUUGCUUUCUCGUUCUCAGUCUUUGUGAAUUUAGCAGGUCUGGGUCUGCUCAGUCUAGCGGUCCCGUUCAUUCAAGUCCCUGGCUCGAUCGAGAACACCAGUUAUCCCAACGCGCAGACAAUUCUCCUAGCUGGGUUUGCUGUCCUGAACGUGAUUGCUGGAAUCCUCUGUUUCUUAUUUGUUCCAGAAACUGCGGGAACAGUAAUCAGCCCCAAACAAGGCAAGAUUAAUUCCAUGUCUUUGGAAGAGCUGAAUUACAUCUUCGGUGUGAAGACUCUUCGUCAUGCUCUUUACCAGGUCAAACACAUGGCUCCGUGGAUAUUCCACAAGGGCAUGUAUUAUCUCUUCCAAUCCUUCACGAGACGUGACCUCGAUCCUGGCAACACGGACAUAUUGUGGACAUGGGCUCGAGCUUCCAUGACGAAUGAGAAGGACGAUAGUGAUGGUGAACCAGGAAGUGAAUCGGAAAAGGCUUCUGGACGCGAUGUACAGGUGGAAGAGGCUGCGGGUCAAGUGCAGCAGCGUACGGCUGGGUCAGCAGACGCGACUGAACAAUGCACUUUGGAAAAGUAG